UUUGGUGCAUGGCAUGUCUUAUCGGCGCUAGCCUAGCCUACAGUAGCUGGGGACCAACAGUCAGCCAGUCAGGAGGAGAGUGGGGGUUCCUUGGGACCCAGUCAUCAACGAGGGAGAAGGUAAACUUCAUUCUCAGUAGCUACCACUAUGAGUAGAGUAUGCUAGAGUAGAAGACCGUUGACAUUCACUGUAAAGGAAACAAGUGUCUGCUUUUGUUGGUAUUUCGAGGGUGGUAAAAACUCGCCUUUAUUUGUUAAUUAGAUGAAGCAGUCCGAUAACAGCCAGUGUGGAAGUGUAGACAUGUUUGAUAACUCACAGUAUCCAUAUAACUGCUUCAACUAUGAUGGAGAUGGAUACCCUUCCUGCAGCACUGAUGAAGACAAGAAGAUGUGUCGACCUGCUUACAGUUACAUAGCGUUGAUAGCCAUGGCCAUCCAGCAGAGUCCAGAGCACCGGGUCACCCUGUCAGGGAUCUAUGAGUUCAUCAUGAAGCGUUUUCCCUACUACCGGUCCAACCAGAGGGCAUGGCAAAACUCCAUACGACACAACCUCUCUCUCAACAGCUGCUUUGUUAAGGUUCCCCGCACAGAGGGAAAUGAGAAGGGGAAAGGCAACUACUGGACCUUCGCCACCGGCUGUGAGUCCAUGCUCGACCUCUUUGAGAACGGCAACUUUCGCAGGCGCCGGCGCCGACGCAACAUGAAGAUUGGUUUCAGAGAGCCUGGGGAGCCUUUCCUCCCAGUAAACAACAACAACAAUAACAACAUCAACAACCAACAAAGUGGCUCUACCAGGCGGACCGAUCCUAACCCCAACCCGGACUCCUUCUGCUCCAUCAGUCCUGCCCACAGACCAGGUCACCACAACCCCCUCAACCCAAACUGCCAGGGGAAACCAGAACCGGAAAUUAAAUUCAGUAUUGACUACAUCCUCUCCACCCCAGACCCCCCUCUGCCGGGCUUCAGACCCCCACAUAGUGGUACAACAGAGCCCCACAUACACGUUCUGGAGCCCCAACACCUCAACCUGCACUUCUGGACCCUGUGAGUGUCACAGUCUUGACUACAAAGAGAGCGAGACUACAUCUGAAAGACUGGAUGGUUUCUCCUCCAUAUCUGAAUUAGUAAAUGAAGAGAUCAAAAGACUGCCCUUUUGUGCAAGGGGGUAUUUUAUUGACUUGUCCUGUGAUUAAAUAACAUAGAGAGGUCAAGUAUUGUGCUGUGGAUCCUAGCUGAUUAUAGUAAAUAUACAUUAGUCUACACUCAAAAGAAACUUGUACACUGUUCAUAGUCUUGUCCCAAGGCAUACAUGUUUACAUUACGCUUUAUUCAUAAAGUAGGACAUUCUGUUACGAAGGUCUGUGAAAAUAAUGAUUCACCUAUUUAAUAUCUAUAAUCUAUAUAAUAUCUAUAAUCUAUAUAAUAUCUUGCCUAUUUUAAGGACAGGAUAAUACAGAGUAUGCUGACUGUAUGAGAAAUCUGAUCAAACUGAAGGGAGUGUGAAAUCAUCAUAAACUGUUAAGAUUAAAAGGUAAUAAUCUCUACAUUGUUUUGGGUUAGUGAAAGUGUCAAAGCAAUGAACAGGGUAAAGGGCACAUGUCACAGCUGGUACUCAGCCACUUCAACCCUUGUUGUGAUUGAAGGCAAUUAUCAUGAGGUUGAAUUCAUCCAGGCUGAGCUCUCGCCAAACCUAAUCUUUCCCAAUGACCUUUUAAAUUCUCCUGAGAUUGAUAUAGUCCAUAUUUAAUCCAGGCACUCCAUUAAAAUACAUUAUAUUCAUAUAUUGUAUGCAGGAGUUUACACAUGGGGUCUACUCUGCUAACAUUUAUUUCCCUGUUAUGAGGAGGGAUAUCAAUCAUCGCCAGGUUUCUCUUGCUUGUUUGAAGGGACAAUUUUCAAUUUAACCUUUAUAUUAUGCUGUGACUACAUCAUUCAGGACAGGAGGGAGUUCAACAGAACACAACAACACUUAACAUGAGUGGCAUUUAAUAUAGCAUUACACUUGCAAGGUGAGAACGAGAUGUGACCCUAGUCAAAUACAAGAGGCCUGCCAUAACACUGCCGCAACCCCCUCCCGACCACCCUGACGCAAUUAUAAUUAAACACACCGGCGUAUGCCUCCUUGCAAAUCCUGUGAUCGAUCAGUGAUAUUAACAUUCAUACCUGCUUGGCCCUCCAGCCAACGUCUAGCAGCACCACUGUUAUGGAUCAGUAGGUUUCCAUUAACGAAGCUGUUGAUAUAAGGUGGCGCUGUGGAUGUAGGCCUAUUUGGGUAAAUUAACUUAGCAUAAAGUGCUGCAAGGCUGGUCUGGGUCUGCGUUGAGACACCAAAGAGAAAGAGCACAGGCAGGGGAAAAGUCAGUACACACAUUAUGUUGUCAAUGAAUCCUCCUAUUAUUGCUGUAGCUGCGGACUCAAGGGUUCUAGAACGGUGUCUAUUACAUUUAUUAAACGUCUUCAUUUCAUGUUUGAUUUAUUUUUCUUGGGAAAUCUUUUUUUAUUAAUCCAAAAUAUCGCAAAAUAUUUUAAAAGCAUUUUGAGGCUGUCAACAUUUUUUAAAACCUUUAUUUGUCAUAUUGAGCAAAGAAAACCUGACUCUGCAGCUGGCCUAUCUAGCAGAAAUCACCGAGUUCUGCCUGCCUCCAGGACAAGACUCAUCCCAAUAAACGUCAACCUGCUGUGGGCUAUGUUGCAGGUAGGUAAUGUUGAAAUGUGCAGCGCAGUGUAGAUUGAGUGGAAUAGGGAGAAGGAAAUUGGGAAAGGAAUGAUCUGCAACGUUAAUAACAUCUAAAUCAUAAACACAAGUAAGUCAUUUAAUCUACAGCGUUUAUUUUAUAAUUGGAUUUUCAUUCUUGGGAGUAAUUUUCAACAUGACUAUGAUCGUGAAUCUCAUUAUAAAUAUGUGUGUUGUUGUUUAUAAACAAUACAAUAUAGUGUAUGUUUGUAUAUGAGAGAGGCUGUGUAAUUUCUCUUUACUUGACUAACAACCAUUUCUUUGAGCUGUGGUAGGAGGGGAUUGGAGGGGGUAGGGGUGCAGUUUGUUGUAUGGGACUUGCUUAUGUACCAGUCCUACAAUGGAAUGCAGAUUGCUGGGUAAUGAUAUCAGGCUUGCAUCUAGCUAAUGAAGAUGGGUUGGAAUAGCCUGAGAAGCCAGAAAGGACUCACAUACAUUUGAAUCCAUUCGAAGCCCCAUUUACAGAACAAGUUAAAGGGCCAGGGGUAGAUUCUGCGGGGUGGAAUAUGCCAGUUUUAAAAUGGCUUUUAAAUGUGUUUUGAAUGAGAACAUCAACACUGGAUGUCAAAUCAAUGUCAGUUUAGAUGUGUUUACAGUUAGAUUAUAUUUACUGUAGCUCCUUCAGGCCCUGUAUGCCUCCUGCUACUGGAGACCUGUUAGGAUGUCCCUGCUAAACCCCAAACGGGGGAUUAAAAAUGACGAGAAGGGUGGAAGAAAUGAAAUAGGAUGUAAGAGAAAUAUGGGAAGUAUCCCUUAUUUUACAUCACUAUUCACUGAGAUUUGGCAUCUAACUGCCUAGCAAGCAGGAACCACUUUAUAUGUUUAGGCACUUCAGUGAAUCUCAAAAGAAAUGAGAGUAAUUUGUUAGCUAAUUACUAUGUAGUUACGGUAGCUUGCGACUCUUAGUAAAUAGCAAGUAAACAUCGGACUGUAAAAUAAAGCGUAAGCCCUCAUUUCC